CGAGAGAGAAUGGGUGAGAAAAGAAAGUGGAAAGGAAAAGGAGAAAAGAGACAAGACUAUUGAAAUGACAGGAAGACAGAAGAGGGACGAAGUGGGGAAGUCUGAUGAAGAAAAGACGACGAACAGACAGACAGCUUGACUGACAAACCUUCACUUCCAUCCACCGAGCUCCAUCCAUGGAUGGCAGCAGCAAUAGAGCAGGAGUUGAUCGAUGCGGAAACCUCGCCGAUCGCACGGGAAAGUCGGCCAGUGGAAAGGCCCAGGAAACCGAGAUGCUGCUCCCUCUGGUCCAGACCAAUUUGCUUUACUCAUACUCUACUUGCUGCCCUGCCGAUGCGCAUGAUUCGGCGGAUUAUUGGCGAUUGGCGUUAUUGGCAAUGUUUCUACUGCAGCCAUGGGAAUUAUUCUCUGCUUUCUUCCAAAUCUCAUCGUACUAUAACAGUGAUUCUUCGAUCUACUCCCCCACAGAUACUGCAGAGGCAGGAAUUCCGAAGCUAUCGAGUUAGGCCAGUUGAAGUGAGAUCGAUAGAUUGCGCCAGGGCGGAGACCCUCAUUCAAUCAGCAAACCAAACGGUCAAGGCAACAAUGGCGCCGGCCCCAGUUGUGGCUGCGGUGGGCGUCGGGACUAACAAUGAAUGGGCCCUUCGAAUCCCCACUUCGAAAGAACAAAGUGGACCCUUACAGACCCAGACUGGAUCACUGUGCGUCGCGCAAUGACUCCGCACUGCAUCGUUUGCUGUUUUUCGAGGGGGUUAUAUCCCGAUAGUAUUAUCGUCGGCUAUCACCGUCGUGACUUGACUUCCUAUGCUGCAAACCCUCAUUAACUUUUGGUUCGGGGUAUAGGACCUGCAGAAAUAGCAAUAUUGCUAUGGUCGGUCAACGCAGAUUCUUUGAAAGGUGGAAGGGAAAGAACUCUUGACUGGUUCAGUCAAAGGCAAAUGAAAAGAGAAAAAAUCCACGACGCAGUGUGGCGACUGCCAAGAAACGCC